GCGCCACGCGUGAUUGCACGAGAAACAAUAUGGCUGCGCCCAUGAAGUUUGCCCGAGUUUGCUGUCAAAAACAUUUUCCAAGUGUUUGUGCACUUUCUUGCAAUAAAAAUAGAGUGUCCAGUUUUAAGCUUCGACAUCAGCGAUAUGCACAUAAUCAGAAUGGGAGAGAAUUCGACGUUGCAAUCAUUGGAGGUGGCAUUGUUGGAAUGGCUACAGCCCGAGAAAUUAAAGUUCGACAUCCAAACCUGUCUUUUGUGGUUUUAGAAAAGGAAAAAGAAAUAUCAUUUCACCAAAGUGGACAUAACAGUGGGGUCAUCCAUGCUGGAAUCUACUACACACCUGGGUCUUUGAAGGCCAAGCUCUGUGUCCAGGGAGUGGAACUCCUCUAUGACUACUGUGAUACAAAUAACAUUCCAUACAACAAAUGUGGAAAGUUGAUAGUAGCAGUGGAACAGGAAGAAAUUCCAAGGUUAGAGGGUCUUCUGAAGAGAGGAAAUGAAAAUGGAGUCAAAGAUUUAAGAAUGUUGGGUCCAAAGGAGAUAAAAGAAAUAGAGCCAAAUUGUGAGGGUUUGAAAGCAGUACACUCCCCACAUACCGGCAUUAUUGAUUACAAAGUGGUAACCCAGUCAUAUGGACAUACUUUUGAGAAACUUGGGGGCCAUAUUUAUACUGACUUUGAGGUGACAGAUUUCUCAGUGACCAAGGAGAGUGGACAUGGUAUUGACUAUCCAGUUACCAUCAGAGGCACUGGUCACAAUAAGGGUGAAUCACGCGAGGUCAGAUGUAAAUAUGUGGUAACUUGUGGUGGUCUCUUCUCUGACCGACUAGCAGAGUUGUCUGGAUGUGACCGAGAACCCAGAAUAGUGCCUUUCAGGGGAGACUACUUAUUGUUGAAACCUGAGAAAACUAACCUUGUUAAUGGAAAUAUCUAUCCAGUACCCAAUCCCUUGUUUCCCUUCCUUGGAGUACAUUUCACACCCAGAAUAAAUGGAGAUGUGUGGCUAGGUCCUAAUGCAGUGCUGGCAUUCAAAAGAGAAGGAUACAGUCUCACAGAUUUUAGUUCAAAAGAUGCUAAAGAUGCUGUUUCUUUUAGGGGUCUACGCAAACUAGCCAUAAGGAAUUUAGGAUUUGGAAUAAAAGAGAUGUACCGAGGUUUUAAUAUAGCAGCCCAAGUCAAACAGCUUCAAAGAUAUGUGCCUUCCUUAAAAGUAUCGGAUGUUACUAGAGGUCCCUCAGGGGUGAGAGCCCAGGCUUUGGAUCGUGAUGGUAAUCUUGUGGACGAUUUCGUUUUUGAUGUAGGAGGUGGAGAACUGGGAUCUCGUAUCUUACACGUACGGAAUGCACCAUCACCGGCCGCCACUUCCUCUUUAGCUAUAGCAAAAAUGGUAGCUGAUAAAGUGCAAAAUACAUUCAAUUUGUAAUAAUUAUUUGUAAUAAUAAUAAUUUGU